UUAAUUAGCCGUAUUCAUAGUCAUGUCAGUGGAAGGUCCUCAGAAGGAGAGUAAUAGUGAGUAUUCCAGAGAUAACGGGCCAUCCUCCACCCUCACGGCGGACGCUUCUGCUCUGGUUCCUCCCUCUUUCUUCAGAUGAAGGUUCACUCACAUAGCUCUCUCUUCUUCUCCUUUCCGUCUCCAGCACCUUCAUCACCUCCCUAAUUCCUCCUCCUCUUUAUCCUCUUCAUCCUUCUUCCUCCUCCUCAGCCUCCGCUGCUCAGGAAAACCCCAGGCCACUGUUCCACCGUUCCAGCGCGGAGCACGUCUGAUCAUCAGAGCGCUGUCAUAUUCAGCUUUUUCCCCUCAGUGCAAAAAAUUUCCACGGAGACGUUCAUUUAAUCCUUCGUAACAUUACUGAAUCCGUCAUCAUCAUCGCCAUCAUCGCCAUCACAUCCAUCAUUUUCACAAGGAUGUAUCUGGAGAAUAAGAGCAAUUUGGAGAUGGAGAUGGCUCAGACGGGAGCUCAGGGCCAUCAGAAGUCUGAGGCUGUGGCGGGAAAUUUUGAUGAGCUGUGUCUCUUGGAAGGAUUUUCCAAGAGGAUAAAGACGCAGAAGCUGCUGCAGGCCGCCGCCGUGCCACCGGGACACCAUAUCAUCUACACCGACCACCAGGAGCACAGGCAAAACUUCAGCAUGGUGAACUUGCUGAGAGGAAAGACGAGUCACACUGAGAGAUCACCACUGCUCCGCAUCACUCAGGAUGAUGGUUUAACAUACAUGACCCUGCGUGACCCCGGCUUUAGCCCCAGAGACGAGUCGUGGGAUGGAAGCUCGGCGGAGUUGGAGCGGAGAUGUCGACUGGGGAGUGAGGUGACCAGUCUGUCCCGUUCACUGUCCACUGAUAAAACUGAGAACAACUUCAAACUCUCCUCCAACCUCAGAAACUGUUUUAGAGUCACGAAACUCGUGACCAUCUUCAUCAUUGUGGUUCUCUGUACACUGUUGUUCAGCAUGUUUCCUGAUCGAGACCGUCCCUGGAGGAUGCUGGCCGUCUCGUCCACUUCAAGUUUCUCCAUGAACUUGACGAAUUUCCGGGAAAAUGCCUUGUUGAAGCUUCAGGUGGGCGGUCCAUUUCAGCGUGGGAUCGAGGACAUUCAUGCACAGGAGUACGUCGUGGUACAGGUAGAGCAGACGGCAGAGAUAUCGGCCCGCAGGAAACGAGUGCAACAGGUGUUUUAUAACUGGACUAUACCUUUACAUUCCAAAAGGAGUGACCAGAUUCUCAAAACGAGGACCUUCGCGAUGCUUAAUGGAGCUCCAAUCCAGAUUAACGUGCAGGCCUUCCUGCGGGACAAUCAGGUGGUUCCUCUGUCCAUGACUCACCAGGCGCUUUCUCUUCGAGUGGAAACUCAGGUGCUCAUCGCUGGACUUAUCCUGGCUGGAGUUUAUGUGUUGAUCAUUUUCGAGAUCGUACACCGUACCCUGGCGGCCAUGUUGGGAUCUCUGGCCGCUCUGGCAGCUCUCGCCUACAUCGGAGACAGGCCCAGUCUGAUGACGGUUGUAGAGUGGAUCGACUUUGAAACGCUAGCCUUGUUAUUUGGCAUGAUGAUUUUGGUGGCCAUUUUUUCAGACACUGGCUUCUUCGAUUAUUGUGCGGUUAAGGCGUACCAGUUGUCCAGAGGGAGAGUUUGGCCGAUGAUCAUCAUCCUGUGUCUCAUCGCUGCCAUUCUGUCUGCGUUCCUCGACAACGUGACCACCAUGAUGCUCUUCACUCCCGUCACCAUCAGGUUAUGCGAGGUGCUGAAUUUAGACCCCAGGCAUGUCCUGAUUGCGGAGGUCAUCUUCACCAACAUCGGAGGAGCUGCGACCGCGGUCGGAGAUCCCCCCAACGUCAUCAUCGUCUCCAACCAGGACCUGCGCAAAAAGGGACUGGAUUUUGCUGCGUUUACAGGAUACAUGUUCCUGGGCAUCUGCCUAGUGCUGCUGACCUCCUUUCCCUUUCUGAGGAUCCUCUACUGGAAUAAGAAACUCUACAACAAAGAGUCCAGCGAGAUUAUGGAGCUGAAACACGAGAUUCUGGUGUGGAGACAGACGGCGCAGAGGAUCAACCCCGCCAGCCGAGAGGAGACUGCUGUCAAGUGUCUUCUCAUGCAGAAGGUUCUCAACCUGGAGAGUCUCCUGCGCAAGAAGCUCCAGACCUUCCAGAGGCAAAUAUCCCAAGAGGACAAAAACUGGGAGAGCAACAUCCAGGAGCUACAGAAAACGCACAGAAUCACAGAUAAAGUCCUGCUGGUGAAAUGUGCUUCGGUGCUCUCCAUAGUCAUCUUCAUGUUCUUCCUGAACUCCUUUGUCGCUGGGAUUCAUCUGGAGCUUGGUUGGAUCGCAGUCUUGGGUGCUCUGUGGCUGCUCAUUCUGGCAGAUAUCCAGGACUUCGAGAUCAUCCUGCACAGAGUGGAGUGGGCCACGCUGCUCUUCUUCGCCUCACUGUUCGUGCUCAUGGAGGCUUUGGCGCAGUUACAGUUGAUCGACUACAUCGGAGCCCAGACAGCGGCGUUAAUUAAAGCUGUACCAGAGGGCGAGCGUCUGGCCAUCGCCAUCAUCCUGGUCAUGUGGGUCUCGGCUUUGGCUUCUUCACUCAUAGACAACAUUCCUUUUACUGCUACCAUGAUUCCAGUGCUGAUCAACCUGAGCCAGGACGACGACGUGAACCUGCCGGUCAAACCUCUCAUCUUCGCUUUGGCCAUGGGAGCGUGUUUAGGAGGUAACGGGACACUGAUCGGUGCGUCGGCGAACGUCGUGUGCGCUGGAAUCGCCGAACAGCACGGAUACGGAUUCUCCUUCAUGGAAUUCUUCAGGUUGGGUUUCCCUAUGAUGAUGAUGACGUGUACGAUAGGCAUGUGCUACCUGCUGGCGACUCACAUAGGACUGGGCUGGAACAUCUAAACUUGCGUGACCGUACGAGUGACUCGUGACAGUGUGUGACUUCUGAGGCUGAUGAUGAUGAUGAUGAUGAUGAUGAGGAGGAGGAGGAGGAAAACAUUCCAGUCCAUACUUUCCGAAAGCCCAGUGCAUCCUGCUGCAAAGAUGUGAUAAAUCAUUGGAACAAGGGAACGCCUGCGGUGUUUUUCCACUGUUUUAUGGUGCUAUUGCCAUCUUUAGUGUUAUCUCUACUGUAAUCUGCUUGGUGGGAGGAGUUUCGGUAUGUUUGUUUACGCAGUAACACUUUAUUUGAGCCCCGCCCAUCUUUCGUUUUAUUUUUUUUGUUCUGAUGAGAAGCAGUACUACGUAUAUAUAUGUAUAGCUUCUAAAAUUAACUAGUCAAACGCAGCUGUUUGAUUUAUGUGCUAACAACUAACUGUACUAGCUAGCCCUAGCGUGAACGCUAGCGUGUUAAACUGACAUAAUCAUGUCAUAACCUUGCCAUGACAGAUGACAUACCUUACCAGACGCAUUUUAUGUCCAUGGUUACGAUUAAUCGUCAUGAUGUAACGUGCUUUAAUCCGUCCGUACAGGAUUUCGCAGCGUUUUUUUGUUUGUUGUAGUUUUAUUGUGGAAAACUACUUUGAGUUGGUGAAAUCGCAUUUGUUUCACGGUGAUGUUUGUUGGUAAACGUGACCUUUUAGCUGUACUCAUUUUCCACAAUGCGCAUUGUGAUGACGUGACAUCCCACGUCUUGGCCCAAAUCCGGGGAACUUUGAAAAUGUCCAACAUUGUAGAUUUUCCCAGAUUCCUAGAAACUCCUCUGUCCUGAAGACAUGGGAAAAACGACAGCUUUUCCUCUGACGGUUACACAGCGCUGACACCUUCCAUAAAUGUUCGAAAUCGUUGGUAUCGUGAAGCCUUAACGAACGAGCUGUCGCUAUAGAAACGAUAACGCGUCACGUUGAUUAAAACGCAACCUGUGAUUUCUAGCUCCGCCAAAACUAAUCAACACCUUCUGACCAAUCAGAAUCCAGAGCUGAUGUUAGCGUGAAAUAUAACACGGCAGUUGUUUUUCAUAAUAAGCGCAUAUUGUAACAUCUGGCAUUAAAUGGACGCUAAUUAGCAAACGCGGGCGAAAAGAUCACGCGACGAGCCGUUAUUACCUCAGAAUAUUGUUACGAGAGUUACUCAAGAACUUAUGAUUGUACGUGAUGUUUUCUCUGACACGUUGAUGACACGGUUAUUCCAGUCUUACGACACAGGGUUCGAGUAAAGACUUACUGAUGACACUUGUCAAUCAGAUUGUCUUAUAAUUUUUUUAAAAAAAAAGCAAAGUUCCUUUAACUGUAAUGGUCUGGAAAAUCAUUUUUGAUCCGUUUCAGUUAUAUUUGUUGUUCAGGCGCUGUAACAUCUGAUGAAAGGGAUUUUCAUACGUGCCUGACCCGGAAAAUAAUCAAGCUGUCCUGUGUAGAUGUGUGAUGAGUUAUACGUAAUAUUACAAACACAUUAUGGGAAAUUCGACAUUUUUUGGUGCAGGAUUAAUAGACAUGGUGCGUUUUUACUUCUGUACUCUAAUCCCAGCCGACAGAGGAGGAUAAAAUAACACGAUACGAUCUGCGGAUAAUAUUCCGUGUCUUUGUUUUGGAACAGUCGUUAACUUUUCCUCGAUAUGGACGACUUUAAUUACGGCAGGUUUAAUGAAACUCGUAGCUCAUCAAAUAGACCUGAACCUCAUUUCAUUUUUUCUUUGUUAAUUCAAAUUAGCUACAUUUAUGUACUUUAGAUUUCUCAAUAGCCGUGAGCAGGAAUAUAAUUCUCCGUGUUUCCUUUCGCCACACAUGUUACAGAGAGAUGAUCCGCCUUUAACAUAUCUCUGGUAAACUGUUAUACUAUUAUAGACUAAUAUGUGUUUUUUUUUUAUCCUGUAAUCAUAUACUGGAGCUGAUAAUAACUGUAAAUUAAACUCUACAUACACUGUACUGUCAAA